UAAUAGUGAGUGUGAGGUGGGAAGGUAAAGUGGCCUUGAAGAGCGAGUCAGUAAGGUGGUGCAGCAGACAUCUGGCUGCUGAUAGUAAUGGAAGAGAAGAAUAUAAGUUCCUCAGUGACUAGGACCUCCAGGGAGCUGCUCUCAGUCACUGGUGAUGGUGAUUCUCGAAGCUUUGUGGAAUCUUUACUAAAACGACCACCAAAAGGACAGUUGAGUAACAAGCCAAAAAUAUUCAAGGUUGCUCGCAGUCCACUAUUGGAUCGGAUACAAGCAUUCCUACCCGAGUUUCACGAGUCUACCAAAGAGCUCUUGACCCAGUCCAAGCAGAAAUUAGAAAGCAUGGACAUAGAAAAUACUGAAGACGAUAGUAAUGUUGUAGAGAUGAAUAUACUCAUAGGAGAGAUGGACUCUCAGAGCGAGAGUGACGAACAUGGAAGUACCUUGCUGGGUUAUGGAAGUUACAGCGACUCUGACAGUGACAGCAAGUCAGAAGAUUCCGCCGUCGUGGGUCCAGUAACUCACAACAUCAGAAUACCUUCAGAAGCGAAGGGUGGAAGAAAAAGAAGCAAAUGCCACAUAAGAAUGGUUGAUGACAUGCAAGAUGAGGAAAGUUUGUGUAGAGAGAAAUCAGACAGUGAGAUCACUGAAGCUUCCACUAAUUCAGGAGAAAGGUGAAUGGCUUUUUAAAGUCUGCAUAAUGCAGUAACUAGUACCUUUCAUCUCUUUAAGUACAGGUGUUCCUCCACUUAUGAUGGGAUUACGGUCCGACGAACCCACUGUAAGUUGAAAAUAUACUACCAUGACUUGAAUAUGAAUAUGAAAUGCUAAAUAAAUACAAAAAUAAAUAACUACAGUCCCUGAAUAAGUAAAUAAACAAAUAAUUGCUGUAACUAAAUACAUACCAGUAUUGAAAAGUAAAUAAAUAAAUAAAUACAAGUUACAGACUUGUCGUCUUCAUGCUGGGUAAUUAUCUUAAGCUUCAUCUCCAAUGUAAUUGCUUUUGCACCAUUGUAAAGUCAAAAUAUUGCAAGUUGAACCAUUGUAAGUCGAGGAGCAUCUGUACAGGUAAAUGGUUUUUAUUUUGGCCUAGGUUUCCUUAUAGGAAAGCUAGGUCAAAACAUUGUGUGAAGGUGCCAAGUAUUUUGUUAGGUUAAAAAAUAACUUAGUUUAAAAAAAAAAAGAUAAUCAUAAACACCUUUGUACUUUUCUAGGAUUACCUUAAGUGUUGUCCUGCACUCCAAGGGAAAACAGUUAAAUAUAGAUGUGACUAUUUUUGAUACUGGCUAUGCCAGUUGUUUAUUUUCCACUAAAAAUAACAUAGCCAUCUAACUUUGUUAAAAUUUACAUAAUUUAAAAUGGCCAAAUUACCUAAACAACUGUAAUAUUAUAUUAGCCUGUUUGCACAAGUUGGUAACCAUGUGAAUGAUGAUGAUUGUGUUACCAUCGCUGGGUCACCCUACCUUGGUGAUAAAUGACCAGAAUGGCCAAAAAAAAAAGUCGUUUUUUUUUUCCUUUGGAGGACAGUGAAUGUUCGGGUGAACCAUUUUACUUUAACUUGUGAGCCAUUCACGAAGGCAAUGCAACCCACAGAAGAAACCAGUCAUGUCCAUCUUUGUUUGGUUAUUAAAUACAAGAAAGGAAGAAUCCUA